CGACCGCCGCCAGGACUCGACGUUUCAAAAGUUCGCAGUGUCAACAGAAAUCUCGACCAGACCUGAGCUGCGUAUCCCAGUGACUCGACGUUUCAAACCUACUCUGCGAACAACGAAUUUCAUUCAAAAAUGAACCGUGUCUUGUUUGGCUUGGCUGUGCUUGCGUUGGCGGCUCGAGAAGUGAAUAUGUUGAAAUGCCACAUGUGCAGCUCCUUCUCUAAUGAGGACUGCAAGGAUCAUACCAAGGAUACAAACAUACCGCUUGUCGAAUGCGACAACAGAGCCCUGACCAAAUGGCACGGUGAAAUGGUGCAGACUCCAGUCCUUCAAAACAUCGUUCACGUAUUCGAGAUUGAUCAGCCAGUGAACCAUAACCAGAACAUCGAGAUUAUCAAUCCUGCAUGUGCCAAGAUGAAUCUGAAAGUUGGGCUCCAGAAAUACACAUUGAGGACUUGCCAGACCGCCAAGACUGCAUCCUUGGAUCCGUGCGAAGUCAUCCGCACCAAAUUGCAGAAAAGUGGUGUCGGAAGUGGCGUUGUCGUCGAUUACUGUGACCUCUGCACAAGCGAAGGUUGCAACGGGGCUUACGGUCUUUCACCCCCUAAGAUGAUCCAGUUGGUCUUUGGGUUCAUUGGCUUGAUGCUGCUCCAAGCUUAUCAGCACUGCAUCGCGUAAACGCUUAUCCUGAUUCGUUAGUAAAGUGCAGCUGCGCGGACACCGCGACUCUCGUUGACAAAUGGCGGUUAUAAUGGUAUUCCAUGACCAUCGUGGAAACUCGAAAUCGAACACCAGAUCCGAGAGUAAAAGCGUAAACGAGGCCCCAAUAAGUGCAUUGCCCAAUUUGUUCGCCAAAGCCUAUUGCAUACUGUUGGCUUUGUUAUUCAGGAAACUUUACCACGGGAUAAGAAUUUGUUUGAUAUGAUAUAAGGUGUUACAUUGAUAUAUUAUACAAACUGUUUGUACGCGUACCUCUAUUAUACAUAUAUACACACACAACACAUACAUAUAUAUCUAUAUUAUAUGUAUAUAUUGUAUUAUUACCUUAAUUAUUGCAUACACAGAUUCAUGUAUUGUAAGAGUGGUAAUAAAUGAAAAUAGUAAAAAAAAAAUAUAAAUAAAAAAAAAAUUAAUGAGGGGUGUCGACAAACCUCGAUUUCAAAAUUCUUUAUCCAUAUACCACCACCUUGUGCUUGAAGUUCUCUUUCCUUGAUCAUAUGUAAAAGGAAGAUUUUGUAAUCAUUUUACUUUGAGCAUAGAGUGACAAGUUCGGAAAUGCAAUAGUCAGCGAAAAUUUGGUAAUUUCCAGGGUAACAGGGACUUGAGGAAUAUGAUUAUGGGGUAGUACGAUAAUUAUUUUUUACUGCGGACUCCUUAUACCUACUCUGUGGCAUAUCAUGUGUAAGAACCAUCGUGAUGUCAGGUUGUCGUG